UUCCAUGAUGUUGGUGAUGGCGAGCUCCGGUAUCACCCGACUAAGCUUACCACAAGUCCGAUGGAUCUCUUCAUGACUGUCCAGAAGCGCACGAUCUCUGCUGACAGGCUGCCGCGUACAUUUGUUGUGUACGGAUCAAACAUGGGUACCAGCGAUGACUAUGCGACGCAGAUGGCCGAGCAGCUGAAGCGCAUGGGGUUUGCUGACAUUACUCUAGUUCUGCCGAUGGCAGGCGCUCCUCUGGUUGUGGCUAUUACCAGUACGUACAACGGAAUGCCACCUGACAACGCCAGAAACUUUGCCAAGCUGCUCGACCAGGAGACCCGCGCCGACAUCCUCAAGGACGUCGACUUUUUCCCGCGCCAUCUGUACCAGCGUCUUGAUGAGCUUGGUGCCACGCCACUGACGGAGUUUACAGCGGGAGAUUCCAACGACGAUCUCGACGACGAGUCGGGAAUGAUUCUGACUGAUCACUACGGCUCCAGUGUCGAUGCCUACAUUGAUGUUGCCACGGACAAGUCGCUGUCGUACUCGCUAAAGUACGUUGACAACAGCCCUGCUGCCCCGUUCAGAUUGUCGCUGGAGAACGCAUCAGUCAAAGUCAACCGCGAGCUGCAGGACGAUAUCUCGUACACGACUGGCGACCACCUCAAUAUCUACCCAGUCAACGCGCCAAGUCUGGAUACAGUAUUCGAGCUGGAGCAGGUGUCGGACGCUUCGCGCUUUGCCCGCUCUGCUGCAGCAGCUUAUCUAUGGCCACGCAUGCACCGUCGGCUGAUGCCUCUCCAAUAUGUCUGUGACUGGAAGGAAGCACCUUCACGCGAGCUGGCACAGAACCGCACUGUUCUGGAUGUGCUGCGCACGUAUGCACCGCUGGUGCGCCAGAUUCCAUUUGCAACGCUGCUUCACUUUGUGUCGGCCAUGGAUCCCCGGCGGUACUCGAUCGCCAGCUGCCAGUCGGUUGUUGGCAAUGAAGUCCACAUCUCAGCUGCCAUUGUCAACGAUACCGUCAAUGGCCGUUCCUACGGUGGUCUGGCAACCGAGUAUCUGGCAUCGUUGGAGGCGGGUGCUCCGCAAGACGUGUUCCACCUGCCACCUUCAUCGGAUGUGCCUGUGGUGUUCGUCAGCGCCGGUACUGGAGUUGCUCCGCAGAUGAAGCUUGCUGGCAUUGGCGAUGCUGCCAUGUACUUUGGCUGCCGCAGCCCCGAGUACGACUACCUGUACAAGGACGAGCUCGAGCAGUAUGUCCAAGACGGCACGCUGUCCAAGCUGCAGACAGCAUUCUCGCGGUAUGUGCAGCACCACGUUUCCCAGGAUGGGCCAAGAUCUGGUCGCAUCUGCAGAAGCGGUGGGCGCAUCUACGUCUGCGGAUCGGCUGAUAAGCUGGGCAAGAGUAUGAGUGCAGCCAUGGCUUCGGAUGUUUGAAGAGCAUGGCGGCCUAUCUGCCGACGAGGCGAGCACGUACCUUUCCGACCUGAUCUCCGAAUGGUCGCUACGCCCAGGAUAUCUGGUAG